CGGCAAAAGAUAAUCACCCUCGAAUUACGGUUCUACCCCUAUAAUUCUAUAUUAUUCUCUUUCCUUUCCAUCUUCACUUUUCUUUCCUACAGAGAGAGAGACUUUUGAGUUUUGUGGAUCUAGGGUUUCUUCCUCCUCCCGUAUAAAAAAAAUUGCUCACAAAAUUUAUUCACACUCAUACAUCGUCAAAAAAAUAUUCGUAAAUUUAUACGCAUAUAAAUCUCUUCACCAGAUUUUUACAGAACUUAGCCGGACGGAAAAGUUCAUCGCCGGAGUUGAUUUCGUCGUCUUCAACAUUAACAAUCUUCCCCUUUUCUACCAGCAGAUCUAAGAACCCUAAUUCCACUAUAUUCCUUUUUUUCUUAUUUUUUCUGGAUAACUACAUAUUGUUUUCCGAUUGAUUGAUUGAUAAACUUGGAAAAAAUCGGUCCGUUGAAUUCCAAGAAGAAUUAUUACUACUUAGGGAUUGAUGAUGAUGAAAGAACGGGAACCGAGCUAUUUGAUAUUUUUAUUUCCCCUUGAAAUUCGAUGAAUCUGGGUAUAAACGGCAAAGUUGAAGGAAUUUGAAUUUUUUUUAAAUUCUUUUUCAAAUUAAGGGAUUUUUUUUUUUUUGGAGAAUAUUUACUAAUCUACUUCUAGAGCUUCGGAAAGAAAAAGAAAACAUGGGAGUGGCGGCGGCGGUGGUGGUGAACGUGAUAGAAGGGGAAAGAAUACUGGGUGAAGUAGAAGUGUACAAUGACGAUGACCAGAACGGCGUCGUAUGGGAGAGGGAAAUUAGGAUCUCCCAUUAUUCGCAACCCAGUGAGAGGUGUCCGCCGUUGGCCGUGCUGCACACGAUAACAUCUUCUUCGGCUUCGCCAUUGUCAGGGUUUUGCUUCAAAAUGGAGUUGAAAGACAAGUGUCAGCAAUUCCACAACUCUCCGCUUUCUCAUUUGCACUCCACAUGUCUCAGGGAAAAUAAGACUGCUAUAAUGUCUCUUGGAGGGGAUGAACUUCAUUUGGUUGCAAUGCAUUCUAGGAAGUAUGAAGGACAGUUUCCUUGCUUUUGGGGGUUCAGUGUUGCAUCAGGACUUUACGACUCUUGCCUUGUCAUGUUGAAUCUUAGAUGUCUUGGCAUCGUUUUUGAUUUAGAUGAAACCCUUAUUGUAGCUAACACGAUGCGCUCGUUUGAGGACAGAAUUGAGGCCUUGCAGCGAAAACUAAAUUCUGAAUUUGAUCAAUCUCGUGCUGCUUCUAUGCUGGCAGAAAUUAAGCGUUAUCAAGACGACAAGUAUAUAUUGAAGCAGUAUGCAGAAUCUGACCAGGUUGUUGAUAAUGGAAAGGUUAUCAAAUCUGAGUCUGAGGUUGUUCCCCCCUUAUCGGAUAAUCACCAACCUAUUGUUCGGCCACUGUUAAGGCUUCAGGAGAAGAACAUCAUCCUUACUCGUAUUAACCCCCAAAUUCGUGAUACUAGUGUGCUUGUUAGACUGAGACCUGCAUGGGAGGAUCUCAGAAGCUAUUUAACUGCUAGAGGUCGAAAGCGCUUUGAAGUUUAUGUUUGUACGAUGGCAGAGAGGGACUAUGCUUUAGAAAUGUGGAGACUCCUUGAUCCAGAAUCAAAUUUGAUUAACCCAAAAGAGUUACUGGAACGUAUUGUGUGUGUCAAAUCUGGCUUGCGGAAAUCAUUAUUCAAUGUGUUUGAAGAUGGUAAUUGUCAUCCUAAGAUGGCACUUGUGAUUGAUGAUCGUUUGAAAGUUUGGGACGAGAAGGAUCAACCUCGAGUUCAUGUAGUUCCUGCCUUUGCUCCAUAUUAUGCUCCUCAAGCUGAAGCCAACAAUGCUAUCCCUGUACUCUGUGUUGCAAGAAAUGUAGCCUGCAAUGUGAGAGGUGGUUUCUUCAAGGAUUUUGAUGAUGUUCUUUUGCAACGGAUUGUUGAAGUUGCAUAUGAAGAUGAUGUUAAAGAUGUUCCUGCUCCUCCUGAUGUGAGCAAUUAUUUGAUUGCAGAGGAUGAACCUUCUACUUCUAAUGGAAACAAGGAUUCAUUUGGUUUUGAUGGCAUGGCAGAUGCCGAGGUAGAAAGAAGAUUAAAGGAGGCUAUAUCUGCAUCAUCAUCUGUCCCUUUGGCAAUUGCAAAUUUCGAUCCAAAAAGCAGUAAUGGCAGCCAAUAUGCUUUGACAUCUUCUAUCCCAGUUCUUCCCCAGUCUAUGCAAGGUCCCGCAGUUCCUUUUCUGUCUCAGCAGCUUUCUCAAGUGACUGCUGUUCUUAAACCUCCCAUCAAUCAAGUUGCUCCUCCAGAAACAAGUUUUCAAAGUUCUCCUGCUAGGGAAGAAGGGGAGGUUGGAGAAUCUGAACUCGAUCCAGAUACUAGGAGGAGACUGCUCAUAUUACAACAUGGCCAAGACUCAAGGGAGCGUGCUUCAAGUGAGCCGCAGUUUCCUGCACGGACCCCAUUACAAGUCCCUCCGCCAAGGACGCAGGGACGUGGUUGGUUCCCUAUUGAAGAAGAGAUGAGCCCAAGACAAGUAAACAGAGCGCAACCGCCCAAGGAUUUUCCUGUAAGCUCUGAGACUAUGCAAAUCGAGAAGCAUCGGUCCAAUCAUCCUCCUUUUCUUCCAAAAGUUGAGAGUACAAUUCCUCCUGAUCGAGUUUUUCUUGAAAGUCAGAGGAUGCUCAAGGAGACACUUCCAAGAGAUGAUCGAUUGAGAAUAAAUCAGCCAGUUCCCAGUUUUCAUUCAUUUCCAGGUGAAGAAACUUCCAUGGUUCGAUCUUCUACCAAUAGAGACCUUGACUUGGAACCUGUUCAAGGGUCAUUUGCAGAAACACCUGUUGCAGCAUUGCAGGAUAUUGCUGUCAAGUGUGGAACAAAGGUGGAGUUCAAGCGAGCGUUGGGUUCCAGCUCGGAGUUACAGUUCUCUGCAGAGGUCUGGUUUUCGGGUGAAAAAGUUGGUGAAGGUACUGGUAGGACUAGAAGGGAAGCUCAGCGUAUAGCUGCAGAUGUUUCACUUGUGCAUUUGGCUGAGAAGUACAUCUCCACUCUCAAGCCUGAUUCCAGUUCAGUUACUGGGGACUGGAGCAAGUUUCCUAAUUCAUCCAUCAAUGGUUUUACCAAUGAGUUCAAUCCUUUAGGGUACCAAUCCUUAUCCAAGGAGGAGCCCCUGCCGUUUUCUACUGCAUCCAUGCCUCAUAGGACACUAGAUCCAAGAUUGGAUGCCUCCAAAAAAUCUUCUGGUCCAAUUAGUGCCCUGAAAGAGCUAUGUUCUGCAGAGGGCCUUGGCUUAGCUUUUCAAACUCAGCCUCAACUCUCAGCCAAUUUGGGCCAGAAAAAUGAGGUUUUUGCACAGGUUGAGAUAGAUGGACAGAUAAUGGGCAAGGGGAUUGGAUUGACUUGGGAGGAAGCAAAGUCUCAGGUAAUUUGAUGUCUCAAAAGAGAAGUCGAGGUUCCUUUUUCCUGGCUAGUUUGUACCGGUUUUUAUUAUUUUUUCAUUGGACUUCUACUCAUUGUUUUUAAAAACUGGAAAUCUUUUUAUAGGCUGCUGAAAAAGCUCUUGGAGCCUUGAAAUCGAUGCUAGGUCAUUACGAUCAUAAGCGGCAAGGUUCUCCUAGGUGAGUUGUGUGCCUGUCACUUUAAAUUGUUUCCUGUGGCUAACAAGAUUGUAAUGUAUAGUGUUUUAUUACCAAUGGAAGAGUUGACAUAAUCAUCCUGCUUUGAUUAAGUGAUGGUUGUGUGUUGUAGAAGAUGAAAUUUUCUUUCCAAGUUUGAAGUUUUCUGUUUUGCAGCUUGCAUCUUGUUUGCUUUUUCACUAAAUUUUUGGCAUCUAUGACCGGUUUUUUGAUUUCCGAAAGUUGCUGAAAAUGUAUAUAUUUGGUCUUUGUUACUAACUGCCCUGAACAGAUCAUGGCAGGGAAUGCCAACCAAAAGAUUCAAACCAGAGUUUCCAAGAGUCAUGCAACGGAUUCCAUCCUCCGCUAGAUAUCAGAAAAAUGCUUCUCCUGUUCCGUAAGAGGUUCCAAGCCCAAUCACAAUUUGCGAGUAUAGCAUAUGCAGAUAAUGCAGGGAGACCUUAAGCAGGCGAGGGUGCUAUUGCGAACGGCGCCUGGCAUGUAACACACUGUUUCAUGGGUAUCCAGAUGCUGUAAAUUUUGGAAUUGCUCAUCUGAUUGUUGAUAUCGAUGAAUGUUUCUGAAGAUGCAGGGAUGCCAAGCUGCACUGUCGCCGUCCAAAAUGUACAUGUUCCGUGAAUAUCCGAUGGUGCACCCAGCAGGGAAGCAGAAGACUGUCAGCUCUGUAAUGGUCUACCCUUUGUAUAAUGCUUUUACCAAAAACUAACCAUGAUCAUGACUUGAGUGCAUGUGUGAAUAGUACAGAGAUUUGUGGGAUUAUUUUAGCGGUUUAGGAUGUGGAUUUUGGGGAUGAAUGGCCAUAAAGGUUACCGUAAAGUGGCUCCUUUUUGUUUCUGCUUCAGAACUUGGAAGUUCAAAAGGGUAAAGUUUUGGCGAGUUGCAGAGCUCCUCCUCAUUGUACUGCCUCACUGGACAGAUGCAGUUUUGUAAUUACUACUUUAACUUAUUCAUUCUAGCUGGUCCAACAGCUUUAUUGUCCCAACCUUGUGUGCUGACUUUUUCAGAUUUGUUCUCAUAAAACACUUAAUAAUCACCCUCUGUCCUCAAUUUUACGCAUCUGAG